AUGAGAAUCAGAUUGAAAGGUACAAAAGAGGGGUAUGUGUGUACGAGCGGAAGUAUGUUUAGCCCAUUUUCACAUAUUAUUUCCUCUCUUUUUCGUUUGUUUCAGCUGCGUAUUUGCCUCAUUUUAAUUAUUUUUAUUAUUAUUAUGGGGAAGCCAUACUCUCCAGUCACUUUCGCGGCUACGUAUGCAAAUGUUUUUCGGUGUCCUGAUGUUUCUCUUUCACUUGUUUUAAUUACUCAUUCAUCUGAUGAUGCUUCUCUCUGCAGUGGGCACGUGCCUCAGCUACUAUAA